GUGCCCGCCGCCGGGGUCCUGCUGAGCAUCACCGGGCGUUGCUGGGGACCUGCGACCUCUGGCUGGCCCUGCGCUGAUCAGCGGAUCCUUCCCUGACCCAGCGUGGCUGGGCUGGCAUGGGGAAGGAGGUUCUUGCCGAGGACGCCCACACCCCCAGGAAAUGUGAGGUCUUGCUGGAAUUCUUCAUCCGUACGGAGGAGAGAUAAAUGUGAAUGUAAAGCUUGUGUACUGUGAAGAUAGCCCCACUGGAGUCGGGGGGCGGGACUAUCAGUGAUUGUUGACCUAGAUCUGGAUGCAACUGUUUUAUUCCGGCUACUAAGGGAGACAGUUGGGAAGAUCCUAACUUCAAGGCCAAGGCAAUUCAGUGAGGCUCUGCCUCUAAAGAACAACUAAAUAAGCAGAUGAAGUGGCAGCUUAAGAUGAGAUGGGGCAUUCUCUUUUCCCACCCACGGGACUUUACCCCAGUGUGCACCACAGAACUUGGCAGAGCUGCAAAGCUGGCACCAGAGUUUGCCAAGAGGAAUGUUAAGUUGAUUGCUCUUUCAGUAGACAGUGUUGAGGACCAUCUUGCCUGGAGCAAGGACAUCAAUGCUUACAAUGGUGCCGAACCCACAGAAAAGUUGCCAUUUCCCAUCAUCGACGAUAAGGAGAGGACCCUUGCCAUCCUUCUGGGUAUGCUGGAUCCAGCAGAGAAGGAUUCUAACAACAUGCCUGUGACGGCCCGCGUGGUGUUCGUGUUUGCCCCUGACAAGAAGCUAAAGCUGUCUAUCCUCUACCCAGCCACCACGGGCAGGAACUUUGAUGAGAUCCUCAGAGUGGUUGACUCUCUCCAGCUGACAGCAUCAAAGCCAGUUGCCACCCCAGUCGAUUGGAAGAACGGAGAUAGCGUGAUGGUCCUUCCCAACCUCCCCGAAGAGGAAGCCAAACAGUGUUUCCCUAAAGGAGUCUUCACCAAAGAGCUCCCGUCUGGCAAAAAAUACCUCCGUUAUACACCCCAGCCUUAAGUCUUAAGUCAGCGGGAAUUGGGGCUGGCACUGCGUGCCUAGCACUGGGACCUGAGGAUGCCAGCUGACAGCCGUGGGUCCUUGCAGCAGCUCCGUAGAAAGAGCGAACAGCUCGCUAUACUACUGGGUCAUUAAAAGGAAAUGGCACCAAAACCUUCUUGGGAUUCUUUACUGUGCCUUCGCCAGCGUUCUGCCCCUCUACCCAUCUCAGCGCCCUGCUCGCUGGCUUUCUUUGAAACGAAUUAUGUAUUGGCGACUCCUUAGGUCUCUGCGGGGUCUGCGAUCAGUCAGCAAGGUAGUGUCAGCGUGGGCUCCAGGCUAGAAUGAUUUAACACCUUUUGUAGCUUUCCGAACUGAAUCCCCUGUUACCCAUUCUGGAGAUCACUAAAAUAUGGAGAGAAACUUUCUAUUCUGUAUUUUUAGUAAAUAAGUGGGAACUGCUCAGGAGAAUUCUUACAGGGAAUCCAUUGUAAGUUUCUAUCAAAGUGGGCUCAGAAAGCCUUUCGCCUCCCAAGAGUGUGCUCCUAGAGUUUUCACACCUGCUCUCCCGGUGAUAUCUGCAUGUGAACACACCUUAUAAAAGACAGGCGGUGACAGUGUUUUACCAUUCAAUGUCCUAGUAGUAGGUGGCCAUUUCUGAAUUCUACUUUUUGAGGUUCAACAAAUAAAAUCCUGAUCAGAAAACUGUUGUCACAUUUUAAAGCACUACUUUAAACUAUCUUCAGACUCAACACCCCACCAGGCAGGCAUGCUUCCUUCUUGCCGGGAUUGACAUGGGUAUUUUUCUCCAGCAACAGAUAAAUCUUUGUGUGAACUGGGAGUCACUGAAGAACAAUUCCUACAUGUAUGUUGGCCAGUUUCUUGGUUCCUGAUUUCCUAAGUCUUGUGAGUAGGUGGCUCGUAACCCUUUUGGGGUUCAAACAACCCUUUCACGGGUCACCAAUGGGAAGCAUUUACAGUUCAUAACAAUAGCAAGUUUACAGUUAGGAAGUAGAGACAAAAAUAAUUGUAUGGUUAGGGGUCACCACAACAUGUCAGCAUUAGGAGAGUUGAGAACCACCAUUCUAAUGGUUAGACAGUCGGCCUAAUGUCAAAUAAGCUCUGAGAUAGUGGUCUAUCUACUACUGAACUGAAUGGUCUCUUUCCAAGUCAUUGUGGGUCUUAGUCUAGGCUGUAACAGAUGCUGUGGCUUGAGCAGUGGAUGUUUAUUUCUAGGUGUCAAGCUGGAGAGUUAAAGUCAAGGCAGUGGUGGGCCCUGGGUCAUCUCCCUCCUAGUAGGCACCUCAUUGCUUGCUCUUUUCCCUUACACGCUUGAUUACUUUCGUCCUUGCUUUUAAUGGGAAGGGCUUCCAGUUCCUGUUGAGGUGUUUCUGCUUUUUGUGUGUUUAUGAUUACUGUCUUGCUUGGUAUGUAGCCCAGGCAAGACCUGAAAUCCUUCCUGCUGCCACAGCUCCCCGAGGGCUCAGAUUGCAAAUGUCACCACCAUGCCCUAUGCCAUCAACUUUUAUGACAAAAGUUCAAAAUCUAAACUGCCAUUGCUGAUCACUCAAACUUAAGUCUUAUGUUGACUGACCAUGGAAUGUCUGCCAUUGAUUUAGCAAACUCAGCAUUUCCCUCAUCCCAAUAAACAUGUUGCUCCUCCA